UCUGUGGUCACCACCUGCAGAACCACUCCUUUAUUAGGAGUGUCUUGCUAAUUGCCUCUAGUUUCCACCUAAUGUCUAUUCCAUUUGUACAACAGCAGUGAAACUGAUUGUCAAUCACUGUUGCUUCUUAAGUGAACAGUUUCAUUUCACAGAAGUGUGAUUGACUUGAAAUUGCAUUGUGUUAUUUAAGUGUUCCCUUUAUUUUUUCUUUUAGCAGUAUAUAUAUCUAUAAAUAGAUAUAGAUAUAUAUAUAAAAAUUACUGUUAUUUGGAGAGUUGUAUCUGCAUUUAAGUUGUUAUGUUUUGGUGGAGUUUAAUACAGCAGAGUAAUUGGUUGUUGCAAUUGAAGACAUUUGAUUGGUGUUUUUUAGUAAGAAGCUGCUUCUAAACAACACCCUGCUUUUAUUCAUAUUUUGUAAUUUUCAAUCACAUAGUUCGGUUUACUCAGCCAAUAGCCUGCUACAAACAAAAGCAUGCAAUGUUUUGCAUUUGUUGUUAAAAAAAAGAACUAAAUAAUGUCAUUUGAUUCAAAUAUGUGCUUUAUUUUGUGUGUAUAAAGCAUCCAUAAAUGUGCUGUACCUUGUUUUACCACUGUUUUCCCCCAAGUAGAUCGCAGCAAGGUGUGACCAGGGGGACUAAAGGCAAAGACAUCAGCACCAUCAAGUCACUGAGGGUUCUCAGGGUUCUUAGGCCUCUCAAGACCAUCAAACGUCUGCCCAAGCUCAAGGCCGUUUUUGACUGUGUGGUCAACUCUUUGAAGAACGUGCUGAACAUCCUCAUCGUUUACAUGCUCUUCAUGUUCAUUUUUGCUGUUAUUGCGGUUCAGCUUUUCAAGGGAAAAUUCUUCUAUUGCACUGAUGAGUCCAAAGCUCUGGAGAAAGACUGCAAAGGACAAUUUCUUGACUACGACAAAGAGACAGUGGCAGCAAUGCCCAGAGAGUGGAAAAAAUAUGAGUUCCAUUAUGACAAUGUCCUGUGGGCCUUUCUCACUCUCUUUACAGUCUCAACCGGGGAGGGCUGGCCAACUGUUCUGAAGCACUCUGUUGAUGCCACCUUUGAAGACCAAGGCCCCUCUCCUGGCUACCGGAUAGAAAUGUCCAUCUUCUAUGUGGUCUACUUUGUAGUUUUUCCGUUUUUCUUUGUCAACAUCUUUGUCGCGCUGAUUAUUAUCACCUUCCAAGAGCAGGGAGACAGGGCUUUGUCUGAAUGCAGCUUGGAAAAGAAUGAGAGGGCUUGUAUUGACUUCGCCAUAAACGCCAAACCUCUGACACGCUACAUGCCAGAGGACACACAGUCCUUCCAGUACAGAAUGUGGAAGUUUGUUGUCUCAGCUCCGUUUGAGUACUCCAUUAUGAUCAUGAUUGCUCUCAACACUGUGGUACUCAUGAUGAAGUUUCAUGGAGCUCCAGACUUUUAUGAAGCAAUGCUGAAGUACCUCAACGUAGUGUUCACCACUCUUUUUUCUCUGGAGUGCGUCCUCAAGAUCAUUGCCUUUGGCCCCCUAAACUACUUAAAAGAUGCCUGGAAUGUAUUUGACUUUGUGACAGUGUUGGGAAGCAUUACUGACAUCCUUGUGACUGAAAUCAAGACUACGGACAGGCUGCUGAACCUGAGCUUCCUAAGGCUCUUCAGAGCCGCUCGGCUCAUUAAGCUGCUGAGGCAGGGCUACACAAUCCGCAUCCUGCUGUGGACCUUUGUCCAGUCUUUUAAGGCCCUGCCAUAUGUGUGCCUGCUUAUUGCCAUGCUGUUCUUCAUUUAUGCCAUCAUUGGGAUGCAGGUGUUUGGGAACAUUGAGCUGAACGAAGACACGGCUAUCAACCACCAUAACAACUUUCGCACUUUCCUCCAAGCUCUCAUGCUGCUGUUUAGGAGUGCAACAGGGGAGGCAUGGCAUGAGAUCAUGUUGUCCUGUCUGAGUCAUCGAGCCUGUGACGAGCGCUCAGGGACCAGUGGCAAGGAGUGUGGCAGUGAUUUUGCCUACUUCUACUUUGUCUCAUUUAUCUUCCUCUGCUCCUUCCUGAUGCUGAACCUCUUUGUGGCUGUCAUAAUGGAUAACUUUGAGUACCUCACCAGAGACUCCUCCAUCCUGGGACCUCAUCAUCUUGAUGAAUUCAUUCGGGUUUGGGCCGAGUAUGACCCGGCUGCCUGUGGCCGUAUCAAGUACUCCGAUAUGUAUCAGAUGCUGCUACACAUGCCCCCACCCUUAGGUUUGGGAAAGAAAUGUCCACCAAGAGUCGCCUACAAGCGCCUUGUCAAAAUGAACAUGCCCAUCGCUGAUGACAACACAGUUCACUUUACAUCCACACUGAUGGCCUUGAUUCGCACUGCACUGGAGAUCAAGCUAGCCUCAGGAAUGGUGUUGCAACGAUUAAUGGAUGCUGAGUUAAAGAAAGAAAUAUCCACAGUUUGGCCCAGCCUCUCUCAGAAGACCAUGGACCUGCUAGUGACACCACACAAACGAGAGAGGAGUUCUUCACUGGGGAGACAACCCACCCAUGUGGCCACAUGGGGUUCAGAGACUCACAAGCAAUUAAGUCAGCAUUUUUUUUAACUACAUGUGCCAUGUUUCAGUGUCUCAGCACUCUUACUGUUCCUCUCCCCUCUCUUCCCUUAGAGUCAGGGGCUUUUAUCUGAGACCAGUCUUUUAAUGUGAACCACUACAUUUAAUGUC